GCUGCCGCCCGGCCCCGCUGUGCCCGCGUCCUCCCGGCCGCUCCUCCCGGCUCGGACUCGCUCAGUGAUGUGUAAGCCACAGGAUGCCCAGCAGCACCGGCAAGAGGUUUAAACCGACCAAAUACAUCCCCGUCUCCACGGCGGCCGCCUUGUUAGUGGGUUCGACGACUUUAUUUUUCGUUUUCACGUGCCCCUGGCUGACAAAAGCCAUCUCCCCAGCCAUCCCGGUGUACAAUGGGCUCGUGUUCUUGUUUGUGCUGGCAAACUUCAGCAUGGCUACUUUCAUGGACCCUGGAGUUUUUCCACGAGCAGAUGAAGAUGAAGAUAAAGACGAUGACUUCCGAGCUCCACUCUACAAGAAUGUGGAGAUUAAAGGAAUCCAAGUACGGAUGAAAUGGUGUGCCACCUGCCACUUCUACCGUCCUCCACGCUGCUCUCACUGCAGCGUCUGUGACAACUGUGUUGAGGAUUUUGACCAUCACUGCCCAUGGGUCAACAAUUGCAUAGGACGGAGGAACUAUCGCUAUUUUUUUCUCUUCUUGCUGUCCUUAAGUACGCACAUGGUUGGAGUAUUCACCUUUGGCCUGAUUUUCAUACUGAACCACAUGGAAAAGCUGGGAGCAGCUCAUACCACCAUUACUUUCUUUAACUCCUGGGUACAGAAUGGCUGUCAUGUGUGUGGCUGGGUUAUUCUUUAUUCCAGUCAUUGGUCUCACUGGUUUCCAUAUUGUUUUAGUGGCACGAGGACGCACGACCAACGAGCAGCACUGACCCGAAUAUGUUUCCAGGUGACAGGUAAAUUUCGAGGGGGAGUGAAUCCUUUUACCCGAGGAUGCUGUGGAAAUGUGGAACACGUGCUCUGCAGUCCUUUGGCUCCCAGUCUCCUCCACCUUCCACUGCAGGGAAGCUGUUUCAUGAUAACUAGGUACAUAGUUGAGCCCAAGAAGAAGCUGGCUGUGAGCGUGAAGCCUCCUUUCCUCAGACCUGAUUUAUCUGAACGACAGAUCACAGUGAAGAUCAGCGACAAUGGGAUCCAAGCCAACCUCAACCGGAGCAAGUCCAAAAUCAGCCUGGAAGGUCUGGAGGAGAAAGGUAUGGAUGUGCAACCACCGCUCCCACCCAAAGGAGAUCAAAGCAAAUACUCUGAGUUAAAAGGGCAGCUGGGGACCAGUGAAGAAAGUGGCCUUUCACCCAAGUUGAUCAGCCCUCCCACACCUGCCAUGUACAAGUACCGGCCAGCUUUCAGCAACAAUCCCAAAGUCCACUACCAUGCUGCUGCUGAGCAGAUCACCCUGCAGGAGGGACACAGCCAGGGGGCUCUGAUAGAAGAGGAUGGCAGGAGCCUUGAUUACCAGUCCGAACCCAGCCUGGACAUCCCAAGCUACCGCAAGAGCUCCCUUCACAAGACCUAUCAGUCUUCCCCACUCCAGAUAGAUUCCUUUGCUAUCAAUUCACGAUCUCUGAGCCUGAAAUCUGCUGGCAGGAGAGGGACAGACAAAGUGCCCCUUCAUCCAAUGAAGUCUGAAGGGGCGGCUUCCACUCCUUACAAAAGCAUCUUUUCUCCCAAUUCCCUGUCGAACAGAAAUGGGAGUCUUUCAUAUGACAGUUUGCUAAACCCCAUGUCACCCUCGGGGAGGAAGUGCGUUGCCCAUUCUGCAGUCAGCUCUGUCGGGUACCACUCACCAUAUUUAUCAGCCAAAAUGUGCCAUCUACGGGGGAGCGAGCUGCAACGCCAACCACCUCAGAGCUUCAGCCCAGUGCUGGGGGGCCCAGCUCCACAUCAGCGAGACCCCUCUCCAGUCCGCUAUGACAACCUCUCCAAAACCAUUAUGGCAUCCAUUCAGGAAAGGAAAGAGAUGGAAGAGAGAGAGAAGCUCCUCCACUCGCACCCUGAUUCCGUGUUUGCAGACUCAGGUGUCUAUGACACCCCUAGCUCUUACAGCCUUCAGCAAGUCAGCACGCUCUCUGAAGACCCACGCAGCAUGGCGAUGAGAUAUGGAUCUAGAGACAAUCUGAUGGCUGCUGCCAGUUUUAGCACAAGGAACCCUAUACUGCAGUCCUCAGUGUCUUCGCUCUCAAGUGCAAUGACAAGAGCUCCAAGGACUUCCACAACCUCUCUGCAAGCUGAUUUAGCCAAUAACAAUGUCCAGACGCACCAAGCACUACAAGGCAGGGUGAGCAAUGGCUCCUACAAAUCACCAGGCCACCAGGUCCCAUCGUCCCCCACAGGAAUGCCUAGGUCACCCUCUUAUGGAGGCCCAAAGUCUGUCUCCUUUGUAAACACUGUGGAAAUUACAGAGGUGCAAUCAGUGGGAGCACAAAGGGAUGAUAUACAGAUGAAGACACCGCACAGUAAAAUAAAUGGACAGCCAAAAGGAAUAUCUAGGCUAGGCUCAACGUCAAGUUCCCAAGGAACACCUGUCAGCCCUGCUAGACACUCAAAUGUUAAGAAGGUGUCUGGAGUUGGUGGAACAACCUAUGAAAUUUCAGUGUAAAAUAAAAUUAAAUGAAAACAAAGAGCCAUCCACUCAGCCAGCCAUGAAGCUAGGAGCACUGUGAAGACUCAAUUAACAACAAAGAAGGAGCAGCAGCAGCUGGCCACUCUCCUUUUAUUGUUUUGGAUUCAUUCUGUUUUCAUCUCUAUCUUUUGGCCAAAUAAACAGCUGCAGCCUUAUUCUUGACGGAGUAAAAUUGUACAGUCCAUCAGAUUCGUCUUAAUCAACAGACAGGAGCUGGCUGCCACCUACCACCCCAACCACAGAGCGGAUUUUUUUAUGCAAGAGAGUGCUAAAGCCAUUGUGCGUCUGUCUGUCCAACAUUGCAUACCAGUAGUGCAGUGAAAAAAUGGUCAGUCCAGGAUCGUUUUGCUUUCCUGUGCCCCUUCCCAGUUCUUCUGGCCAGCCGUGGGUCCAGCAGGAGUCAGAGGUCCAGCUGCUGCUUUUCUGCUGGCGAGGAAAGGGUGCUCCCUGUGCCAGGCAGUCUGCAGGUGUGAGAGCUGCCCUGCAUCUCCCAGGCAUUGCAGGUCAGGUUCUGCUAGGCAGGAGCGUGGCAGGGCACCCUGCACUACAAACGCUGUGUCAUCUUCCAAAGGCUCCCUGCUCCUCAGUCCCAGCUGGGUGCAGGAGAAAAGGCAACAGCAGCUUCUCCAGUCUGCUGUUCGCCUUCCUACGUAUGAAAAAAACGUGUGUGCACCCAUGUGUCUGUCUGAUGGGAAAGGACUGCACCACCAGUGAGGAUCUUCCACUCUCACCUCUCAUCCCUGUUUUUUAAAGGCUUCUCUGACUCAGAAAUAAAAUCCAUGUGGACACGAAAGGAAGUGUUCAGAUGGGAACAAGUUCUUAACAGUCAUCAGCUGCUUUCCCUGCACCCUCCCUCUUGCCUGUUGGAUCCAGGCAGUAAGGUGCUUACUGCCCUGCCUGGUGCCCUGUGCAGUCCUGCAGCAGGGUUAGCAUGAGCUGUUGAAUUUACAGUGUGUGUAACUGAGCCAAGCGUAAGUCUAUAGGAUAUAAAUUUGGUGUCUGCCUGAUGACUAGCACAUUCCCUCUGGUCUUCAGUACUGUAAGACAAAGGAUUUUUCUGUUUGGUUUUUGAAUUUUCUUUCCCUUGGGGAACAACUUUUUAAAAUAAUAUCAAUCAAAAUAUUUAACAUUCUGAGGUUUCCUUUCCCUGUCUCCAGAAAACUACAUUUGCUUUGUUGCAUUCAAAGACAACUUUGCUGUUUAAAAACAAACAGAAAACCCAAGAAAGGGUUACGCCAUUUUUUGUCUCAGAAAUCAGAACUCUGGUAACUCUAAUUUUGGGACAAAUAUUUAUUUCCUUUUUUUUUUCUUUCCGUUCCUGAUCUCCUUCUCAUUUGUACGGAGGUCCAGACCAAUGCUAAGCAGCCAGAGUGUGCGUUCUGUUAAAAAUAUCCUGAGUGACUGUUGCCAAAGUCAGUAAAAAUCAUUAUUUAUCACUGAGCCAGUCAGCAUAUGAAACCUCGACUUUUCACCUCAUUCUCCUGGUAAAUAGUUUUGACUAGAGAGCUAAAUUCCUUGUUUUUCAAGAUAUUGGUUUCAAGGGGGUUAAAUCAUUUCCAAUCCUUGACUAUAAUGGAGAACUCUCCAGCUAAUUGGUAGCAAUUCAGGAUGUGUCGAUAACAUUUUACUUGUGUUCAUCUAUGUCGAGAUUAAUUAUUCCAGAAGGCAAAUAUUGACCUCAGUUUUGCCUGGUUAAAAUUGAUCUUUUGAUGUGAUAAAUGUUGACAUCUACUGCAAUACAGAGUUACUACAUGUUCCUUUUGUAUCGCAUGAUUUUGGAGAGGAAAACAUAAUUAUGUGUAAAGCUCUAUAUUGUCUGAAGGGAGAAAUUGAGAAAGCAGAGCAGCUGAAAUAGGCCAAAGUUAUGAGGUACUCAUAUGAGAUACUCAUGUAGGUAAAACCAAAGGCAAACCAGAGUUGUUCCCAGUAGCCAGUGGCCAGUCUACAUUUAGAAGGAGGAGUCAAGACGAUAGGGAAAGAGAAAGGGAGUAGUCUUCCAAGGCAGAAUACUGGAGACUACAGACUGAAGACAGCCAGACCUUAUUCGGACACAUGAUGAGAGAAGGUUCUGUUCGAGGUGGAGCUGCAGGACCGAGGGGCUAUGCUCUGCCAUCUUUAACUGUUACUGACCUGCAAUUCUACCCUGAUGUUAGCUCCUCUGGAAGGUGCAGGACUUCCUCAAGGGCUGGAAUUCACUCUGGUGCACAGAAUAACAUGAGACUUACCUGUUUGUUAAAUGUCAUGUCUGCCACAUGUAAGGGAUGGUGACACAGAAUUUGGGCUCACCAUCUAGAUGAGGGCACAUAUUAUCAUGUAUCUAUGAAUAUGUGCAUGAAAUACAUGCAAGCUAAGCUGAGAAUCUGCACCAGUGUUGUAUUUGAGAUUUGCAUCCCAGUGAUGCUCCACUCUGAUCAUUUCUCCUGCAUUUGUAAAAGAAAACGCUACUGAGGAUCUUGAAGGGCCAAAGAGCCUCUGAAAUUAACUGCAGGUCAAGAGAGAAGAAUCUCUCAGUAGGACUGAACAGUAGGACUGAAGUGAUGUACGUAUAAAGCACUAAUAUCCAGGGUUCUUUCUGAAGGAAAGGGCAAGAGAGGAAAGGAUGGCUGCACUGUGUCAUUACAGGCUCAGAUGUAAGGAUUAUGUAUUUUGUGAGUAGUUUUAGCCACAAUUAAGACACAUUGGAUAUGGUAACAGGUUUACAAUGGUACCAAAGUCUUUUUUUCUUCUUCUGGUUCUUUUUUUUUUUUUUUCCUUUUGAGGUUUGCAUAUAAUUCAGUGCUUAUAGCAUCAUUCAGAUCUUCUGGCAGAAUAAGCUGAGCAGAACUGUUAACAGGAGAUUGCAUGCAGCAAGUCCAGCCUCCUCCCCAGCCAAGGCACUGAACCUACAGCCGUUCUCAUAAAUGUAAGCACCAGUGUCCAUAGCUCCAUUGCAGGGGACCUACUUACUGCAUCUGAUUUAGGAGCAGAAUCUCUUCCCUUGUUAAAAUAUUGUUCUUCAAACAGUUCACAGGUUAGCAGCCAAAUUCUUCUAUCGCUCAAAUCCUCAGUUUUUACAGACUCUACAGCCAAACUUUCAGGUGGUGUAAACUGAUGUGGCUCCACUGAAGCUAAGUAAGUGAUGCUCAUUUUCAGUAGGUGGGAUCAGCUACGAAAAUCCAGCACAAGUUAAUACAUAUUAUAAAGUAGCUUCUUGAUUUUGUCAUGUUUAUUUCAUGUUCAGAAGUCUUAAAGCUUUUCAAUGUGUUUUUAUUUUUAGCUGUGGAUUGUAUUACUUUAAAAAAAAAAAAAAACCAACAAAAAAACAGCAAUAGAUUUUGUUUAGCUUAUGCAUCAAUGUUCAUUGCAUAUUGCAUUUCAUUAGCUGUUCAUACACUCCCAUUUAGCCUCCAGGUUUCCAUUGUAGUGCAAUCUGCGUUGAAAAGUUGGAUCUCUGUAUUGUUAAUUGUAUAAUAUAUUGAGCAUUAUGAAAUUAAAUGUACCUUACUAUGUGGGUGGGAGAGAGAGGAAAUAUUUUUACUUGAAGCCUUAAUAUUUUCUUUUUUUACUGCUUUGUUUGUUGACCUCAUAGGAAAGUCUAAAUAGCAAAGACUUUGGGCCAAAUACUGCACUGAUAUGCAACCAGCAUUUGGCCCCCACGUCAAAACUGGACGCAGACAAAACCUGAAGGUAACAGGGGAGAAAGCCUCAGGGCAGCAUCUUUUCCUGGAGGCCAUUAGAACAGCCUGAGCGCUGUGUCUGUAAGUAAGCACAUUAAAGAAGUCCUCAAGUCUUGAAUUUUAAAGAAAGGUGAUAGCAGGACCUGCCCAAAUAUCUUACGUUUGCAUUUUCUUUUUUAAAUGAAAACAGAUGUAAUUGCAGUUUGGUCAAAGCUCUAAGGGUUGCACUAAGGGCUGUGUUAGUAGCCAUGUGCAGCAAAUGAACUGUGCUGAGUUGCCAUUCUGAAAUUGCUAACGAGGCAUAAGGACAUAUCAGCUUGGCCUGAGAUGAUCACCCUGUGGGUGUUACCGUGGUGCUCCUCGGGGAAUGCCUACUCUACAAGCCUAAUGUGGAAAUGUGGUUUUCUUUGGACUAUAUCUAUGUCCAGACUAGAUAUAUAUAUAUAUAGUCUUAUAUAUAUAUAUACACAAUUUUUAUUUUUAUGUGGGGAAAAUGAGGUUAAGAUUGCUGUCCCUGACAGUCUGGAAAGCUAAUGCUGAACCGUUUCUAUGGUCUGUAUUUCACCUGUUCUGCCACCUUGAAUUGUUGGAAUGUAUCCGUGCAGGCUUUGUGGAGCUCUGUCUGUAACCUUUUUUGUGGCUCUCGUAAUACAUAUAUAUAUUUUUAAACCUUUGAGUCACUUCAGUACUUUAAAGUGUCCAGCGUCCCUGGUGCGUUAUGCCUGACACGGCCUCGUGUGCUGAGUCGGUUCGUGGGGUGCUGCCCCUGUUCAUUUCUGCUUCUGCAAAACAUGGACUGAAACAGCUGAACUGGGCAGGCCAGUUCCAGUGCAGAACCCAUGGGUGUCAAAAUAUUAAACCAAGUGAUUGCAGGUGCUCAUCUUCAAGGUGCUUUGAGUAGAAAAUAAGAACCUUCUAAAAAGUGCCUCCUGGUUGUGACCAAUGGAUCGUGCUUGUGGGGCCGCAGCGGGUGGUGCAGGGCAACACGAAGUGAAGCUUCUCCCAGUGUCUGUUGUCGAAGUUGUGGGACUAAAUAGGAAUCCUGCGGUCCAGCACAAUUGGGAAUUGUUGCUACAGAGUAGUGUGGAAAAAAGUGUCCUAUCCAGGAUAUCUGGAUGUAUACAUCCCAAAGAUGUGUGACUUCUCAUCUAUCUGUCGUCAUCUGUUUCUGUUCUUUGGAAACACGUCCAUUUGAUGUGUAAGAUUGGCUUAUAAUUCACACAACUGCCAAACUCCUAACCGCAGCUGCUUCAGGAUUUCUGAUGCUGUAAUUUGCAUAUGUAGACUAAUUAUAUUGAGCAAGAACCCAUUCGAACUUGUUCAUUAUAAAUACCAAUCGUAUCUGCGUGCUGUAGAGGCAGAGGUUACCUUACUGCAUGUCCAAAAACUUAAUCAGCAGGCUCCAUUAAUGUUAACUAAGUCAAACAGAUUUAUGUAAGGUCAUGAACUGUUUUAGUACAUUUUAUUUAAAGACAUGUUGGCUUACAGAGGUCUUGGCUUUCCUCUCUCUAAGUAAUGGAUAAAUUAUCCACGUUUAUAUUCAAUCCUCCAUCACUGUUUUUUUUUUUUUCAUUCUGCAGGAUGAGUUUCAGUUCACAUUUUGGAACAUAAUAAGGAGAGACAAAGGGAACUAUUUAUACAGGUGAAUCUAUCUUCUAAGAGAGAAGCAGUUAUAUAAUAAAUGGAUUAGAGUUACUGUCAAAAUAGGUUUUGUUCAUCUUGUCACAAUAACUUGAAUUUUAAACUAAGGCUUAUUUCAUAGCUGAUAUCUGUAUAACCCUGAAACAUUUGAAAGAUUCCUUGGUUAGACAUUUCAAAUUAUAUGAAGAAAUAUGAUCUACUUCUGCAAAUUAAAGAGUCUCGGAGAAGUGAUGGUACAUUUUACAGUGCCUUAUAUAUAUGUGUAUAUAUAUAUAUGUAUAUAUAUAUAAUGCCUAUGUGUAUAUAAUGUAUACAUAACUGUACAUAUAUAUUCCAGUAAAACUAGUUCUAGGUGUCCCUAUCUGGUGUAUUUUAAAUGGAACUGAUCUGUGUUGAUAGACAAAGAAAUGGUUGUAUCAGCAGCAAAAUACAAAACCAAAAAUACUUAUUAAAACAUUAGCAAAUAAAACAGACUGAAAACAG